AAUAACUUGUAGUCGUGUCUUCAUGUGUAUUAUUAUCAUUAGUAGUAGUGGUAUUAAAAACACAAUUAAAACCAUUAGUAGUGGUAGUAUUCUAUUAGUAUACCGUUGUAACCAAUCCAUGUUUGAAACGCCAUGACGCCAUUUUUCUCGUGGGCAACAAUUUUGGAGCUGGUUAGGUACUCUCUUGAUUUUAUGAUCGUCUGAGUUUUGCCUCACCAUCCAAGAUGGCGGCGCUUGUGGGACUGCGUGCAUGUUUCUCCGCCCUUCAGCUGUCUUCACCAUGCCUCCUGCACAGCUCCUUCAAAUUGUCUGCUGUGCCCCUGAGUCGGCGGACCUUUGCUGCAGAGGCUAAGAAGACAUACAGCAGGGACAAGCCCCAUGUGAACAUUGGAACAAUUGGUCAUGUUGAUCACGGAAAGACAACCCUGACUGCAGCCAUCACAAAAGUGCUCGCUGACGCUGGUGGUGCUAACUAUAAAAAGUACGAGGACAUUGACAAUGCCCCUGAAGAGAAGGCCAGAGGAAUCACCAUCAAUGCCUCUCAUGUAGAAUACACCACAGCCAACAGACAUUAUGCUCACACAGACUGCCCUGGUCAUGCUGACUAUGUCAAGAACAUGAUUACAGGCACAGCUCAGAUGGACGGCUGCAUCCUGGUGGUGGCAGCCACUGACGGCCAGAUGCCUCAGACACGAGAGCACCUCCUGUUGGCCAGACAGAUAGGGGUCGAGCAUGUUGUGGUUUUUAUCAACAAGGCCGAUGCCGUGGAGGACAGGGAGAUGGUGGAACUGGUGGAGAUCGAGAUCCGCGAGCUGCUCACAGAGUUUGGCUAUGAUGGCGAGAACACACCAGUUGUGAUAGGCUCAGCCCUGUGUGCCCUGGAGAACAGAGAGCCUGAACUCGGUGUAAAUGCAGUGAUGAGUCUGCUGGAGAUUGUGGAUUCUUACGUUCCUCUGCCCAAAAGAGAGCUGGAAAAAGCCUUUCUUCUGCCCAUUGAAGGAGUUUACUCAAUCCCAGGCAGAGGUACGGUGGUGACUGGCACUAUGGAGAGGGGUAUCAUCAAGAAAGGAGAUGACUGUGAGUUUGUGGGCCACAAUCGCAGCUUCAAGUCAGUGGUUACAGGUAUUGAGAUGUUCCACAAGUCUCUGGAUCGGGCAGAAGCAGGAGAUAACCUGGGCGCUCUGGUCCGAGGACUGAAGAGAGAAGAUAUAAGGAGAGGGAUGGUGAUGUGUAAACCAGGAUCCAUUCAGCCUUACCAGAAAAUCAAGGCCCAGGUGUAUGUUCUGAGUAAGGAAGAGGGAGGCAGACACAAACCUUUUGUCACCAACUUUAUGCCCGUCAUGUUCUCUCUAACUUGGGACAUGGCCUGCAGAGUCACUCUGCCCGAUGUUAAGGAAAUGGUGAUGCCAGGGGAGGACACCUCCUUGACGCUCACGCUUCGCCAGCCAAUGGUUUUGGAGAAAGGCCAGAGGUUCACUCUGAGAGACGGAAAUAGAACCAUCGGCACCGGCCUGGUCACAGACAUCCUGGCAGUUAAAGAUGAAGACCAGUGCAACUGGGGCUGAAAGGGAAACUCUGCAGAGAGGACUGGGCUGGGGGGGAGGGGGGUAUGCUCGGGGUGCGGGGAGGAAGGGUCUGUGGUUGUCUGUCUGGUCAAUUCAAAUAAUAAUAGAAACAUACAAAUACCAUAAACCCAUGCACAAACCUCAAACAGACAUCGACUCAAAUAAAUGCAUGGCUCUGUUGUUAGGGUUUACCCAACCAAAAUAUCUGAAAUGUUUAGCACUGGCUUUAUGUUUAAAGGCCAAACUGUCAAAAUUCCCUCAUUUAUGUAAUAAAAUCUAUUUAAUAAUG